AGAAGCCAUGUGACAAACUGGAAAGAGAACAAAACACUGUCAACAUAUAACCUAGGUUUCAUUUCUAAACCACCUGCUGGAGAAACAUGACGGAACAACAGCGGGAAGAAAAACGCUAUGAUCCCAACGACAAAACACUUAAGUUUGUAACGCGCCAGGAUGACAUAACUGGGGAUGAUGACCCUGAGACUCGUCGUGCUGAGAUGUCAUGUGGCCAUGCAGUGACUCCACAGUCACUGACUGCGUGGUGUCGUAGUCUACUGGACCAGGGUCAGCACAAGUUCCUAUGCCCUGCACUUAAAGAAGGCACACUACAAAGAUGCAAUGCAGAAUGGCCCUAUGUGGAAAUGCGGAGGUUGGCUGUACUGACUCAAGAGGAGCAGAGCCAUUUUGAAGAGACGAUGGCUGUCCUUGCUGCAGCAGAGUACUGCGAACACAAAACAUGUCCUGGAUGUCAGACAUUCGUCGAGAGAGCCGACAUUACCAACCUCUGUGUCAUGUGCACAAUCUGCACGGCUGAGAAGGGUCGGACAUUUCAUUUCUGCUGGCAGUGUAUGAGACAGUGGAAAGGCCCAGGCCCUCGAUCUGACCGCUGUAACAAUCCCGGCUGCACUAAUCCCGACAUUGAAAAGUUGGCAAAAUGUUGUUAUACAACGCUACCUGAAGUCAAUAAUGUGAGCUGUCCCUCAAUGCGAGCUUGCCCUACUUGUGGCAUCCUUGUGGAGCAUGACACAACAGGGUGUAAGAAUGUCAUAUGUAAUCGCUGCAGGGUAGAAUUCUGCUUUGUUUGCCUGAAAGUCACUCAAGUAUGCUUGCAAACAAGCAGUUACUUCAUUGCCUGUUCAGAUGGGGUCGCGCCACGGCAGACUUCCAUUCCUUCCUGGAACAGAAACUGAAAACCAUUGAAGAAGCCAAACAAAAUGAUGUAAACGUGACAUGAUAAAAUGUGUAGCUUGAAUGCAAUGCAAGUUGCUUUGGAUUAAAAUCUGUGCCAAA